AUGAGCUCCCCCCUAGAAGCCAAGAUCGUAGUGCUAGGCGCCCAAGGCGUCGGCAAAACCUCCCUCGUCCAGCGGUACGUCCGCAACGCCUUCAACGCUUCCUCCACAGCUUCCACCGUCGGCGCCUCCUUCGUAACCAAGCGCGUCUUCGACAGCACCUCCGACACCCUCGUCCGCCUCCAGAUCUGGGACACCGCAGGCCAGGAGCGGUUCCGGAGUAUAUCGCGGCUAUACUACCGGGGCGCGAAUGCGUGCCUCCUGUGCUACGACAUCACGGACGAGGCGAGUUUCGUGGAGAUGACGGGGUGGUUGGGCGAGUUGAAGCGGAAUCUGGGAAUCGGUGACACUGGAGGAGGAGGAGGAGGACAGCUGCCGAUUGUGGUGCAUGUUGUCGGGACAAAGAGCGAUAUUGUUGCCGAUGACCCUUCGAAACGGAAAGUGCCGUUUGAGAGGACGAUUGCGUAUGUCGCUGAGCAGCUUUAUCCGAGUCGCGCGUCGACGCCGCCGCCUACGGCAACUGUUUCUGGUGCUGGGUCUGGGGGACGGUCGUCGAGUGUUACCCUGCCUGGUGGGAUGGGGGUUGGGGUUGAUAGUAAGCGAAGCAGUGGUUUCUGGGGGCAGGAUAUUGGGUGGGAUUGCUGCCAUGAAAUUAGCGCGAAGGAUGGGGAGGGUGUCGAGGAGGUGUUCCGGGUGAUUGCGAGGAAACUGGUGGAGCAGAGGACGAAGCGGGAUGCGGAGGCUAUGGCUGGGGCAAUGUCACCGGGGGGUUCGUCGUCGGCGCUUGAGGGGCCGGCGGGCUCGAAUUCUGGAGUUGGGAUUGAUGGAGGUGGGAGUUUCCGGCUGGGGAUGAACGAUAAGAGGCGGAGCUGGCUCAUGUUUCCGCCGAGCAGUACUGGGGAUGAGGGGGAGGCGGUUGAGGUUGUGAAGAAGAAGGGGCGGUGUUGUUGA